AUGAUCAUGGCAAAGCCUUCAGAGAUGAAGGCAUUAAGUUUAUAUUAUCUGACCUUUAACUGUGGUCUUACUCUCAUAGAUGCUGAUGCGUUUGCUUCUCAACUUUUCAGUGGCCUUUCAUCCCCUCACUUACCAGACCUUCUCGUUCUCUCAUUACAAGAAAUUGCACCAAUACCAUACUCUCUCAUAGGCGGAUCCUUUCUGGUACCUUAUUUCAAUCGAUUUCACGAUGCGGUCGAAAAAGCUUCAAAGAAACAAUCCAAUGAUGGGUCGACAUAUACUUCGAUAGCUGCACGAAAUGUUGGCCUGACGGGAAUUAUGAUAUUUGCAAAAGAUCCGACCCUUAUACAAGAUUUAGAGGCUGGUGAGGUUGGAGUAGGGGCUUGGUCAAUGGGAAAUAAAGGAGCAAUUGGAAUACGAUUCACAUAUGGAAUUGGGGACACCUCGACAGAAUUAACGUUCGUUGCAGCACAUCUUGCAGCCAUGGAGGAAGAACUGCAAAGACGAAACGAAGAUUGGAAGAACAUUGUCCGCGGAUUAGUAUUUUCUUCAACGACCUCGAACUACGACACGGCUUUACCUAAAGGCGAAGAAGAUAGACCAUUGCUAUCCAUAUCACCACAAGAUGCGUCAAUUUAUAAAUCAACAUCUCAUCUCUUUUUCGGCGGGGACCUAAAUUAUCGAACCUCUAUCAUCUCGCCUGCGCCGAAUGAUCAUAUCGACAUAUUCCCACAACCGCACGAUUCCACUUCAUCUCCCAACCACUACUCGAGUCUAUUCGAAAAUGACCAACUCAACCAAGAACGAUUAGCUGGCCGAACUUGUCAUGGACUUAUCGAAGCUCCCAUCUCAUUCCCACCCACAUAUAAAUACAAGUCAGAAGGGCCAUUCAUGACAUCUGAUGAUGAAUUAAACAGAUGGCCAUGGGCAAAACACAGAUGGCCUAGUUGGUGCGAUAGAAUUUUGUACCUUGAUAUGCCAUCUUGGGUACAAAAGAGCAAUCCACAGGCUAAAAUCAUUUCGAAUAAAUAUUCGGCACUACCCCUCUUCCCAACAUCAGACCAUAGAGCUGUAGCUUUAGAUAUAACAGUUCCUCUACUGCCAAUUCCGGAGCCCGAAGAAGGGGAAGGAGGAGAGGAUCCAAGAGUUAAAAUGCCGUUUGAUAUCGACAUUGACUGGAAGAAGAAGAGAGAGAGAGCUAGAAUGAUGGAAUUAGUGGUGGGAUUCACAUUAUAUUUUACGAGUACCAAGGAGGGAGCUGCUCUACUAAUUGCAACGCUUGUUGGUGGUGUGGGGGCGAUAUAUGUUCUGAAGGCUAUUAUUGGCGCUUGA